UCCCUCCGCUCUGAACGCCAGCUAUAUUUUGUGCGGCCGCUGAGGGCCAUGGACUCAACCUUUAGCAGCUGUAAUAUCUGUUUACUGACACCAAGCUAAUACAGCCUACACACCGGUUCAACAAACAGCCGCCAGGUCGGUUACAGAUCAGAGUGAGGCACGUUGACCGGUGAAUGCAUAGAGUCAAGAGGGUCAAACUUGUUGACAAUAAAGAGGGUAUCUGGAAAAGGUACCGUACCACACUCUGUUUGACUGUGAGCAUGAUGGCUGUGGACGGCCUUUCGGACAGCACGGAGGUGGUGGAGAUGGAGGACGUGCCAUCUCAGUUCUUUGUGGAGAAACACUCUUGGGAGGGCCUUCGUGACAUUAUCCACUGUAGCAGGAAGUACUCUGGCAUGAUCGCUAACAAGGCCCCCCAUGACUUCCAGUUUGUGCAGAAGAAGGAUGAGAAUGGACCUCACUCCCACCGGUUGUACUACCUUGGAAUGCCUUAUGGGAGCAGAGAGAAUUCGUUACUCUACUCUGAAAUCCCCAAGAAGAUCCGUAAAGAGGCCCUCUUAGUGUUGUCCUGGAAACAGAUGCUGGAUCACUUCCAGGCUACACCUCACCAGGGGGCCUACUCUCGAGAGGAGGAGUUGCUGAGAGAGCGUAAACGUUUAGGAGCAUUUGGUAUAACCUCCUAUGACUACCAUGCUCAGACGGGCCUGUUCCUCUUCCAGGCCAGCAAUAGCCUCUUCUACUGUCAGGAUGGAGGCAACAAUGGCUUCAUUCAGUCUGCUUCAUUGAAGCCUGUGGAGAUCAAGACCCAGUGCUCGGGGACACGUAUGGACCCCAAGGUCUGCCCCGGUGACCCGGACUUCAUAGCCUUCAUCAACAACAACGACCUGUGGAUAGCCAACAUUAAGACGGGCGAGGAGAGGAGACUCACCUACUGCCACAAAGGUUUGGAUAAUGUGAAGGAGGAUCCAAAGUCUGCAGGUGUAGCAACAUUUGUCAUCCAGGAAGAGUUUGACCGUUUCACUGGCUACUGGUGGAGUCCCUCAGCAGUCGAAGACCCUAACGGAGGUAAAACAGUGUAUCUUCUGUAUGAAGAGGUGGAUGAGACGGAAGUAGAGAUUAUUCAUGUUCCAUCUCCAGCUCUGGAGGAGCGGAAAGCAGACGCGUACAGAUAUCCUCGCACAGGUAGCAAAAAUCCACAGGCUACACUUAAACUAGCAGAGAUCAAGACAGACCAUCAAGGAAGAAUUGUGAGCACACAAGAUAAGGAACUGGCCGUCCCCUUCGCCUCCUUGUUUCCUGGGACAGAAUACAUCGCCAGAGUGGGAUGGACGAGUGACGGCAAAUAUGGCCUGGCAGUGCUUCUUGACCGCAGCCAGAGGAAACUCCAGCUGGUCCUGCUGCCUCCUGCCCUCUUCAUCCCUGUCACAGAUGACCCUGCUCAGAGGCAGGAGAGUCGGGAUGCAAUGCCCAGUGACACACAGCCAUACAUAAUCUAUGAAGAGACCACCGAUGUCUGGAUUAAUGUUCAUGAUAUAUACUACCCCUUUGUUCAAACAACAGAAGAUGAGUUCACUUUUAUUUGGGUAAAUGAGUCUAAAACGGGUUUCAGCCACCUGUAUAAAAUAACGUCUCUGUUACAACCGGGCUGCAACCUCUGGACAGAGGACUACCACCACGUAGAGGGAGACUUCAAAUGUGCAAUCAAGGAGGAGAUGACAUUGACCAGUGGAGAAUGGGAAGUCCUGGCAAGGCAUGGUUCCAAGAUCUGGGUGAAUGAGGCGACAAAGUUGGUUUACUUCCAGGGAACUAGAGACACUCCUCUGGAGCACCACCUCUACGUGGUCAGCUACGACUCUCCGGGAGACGUAGUCAGACUAACCAAGCCUGGCUUCUCUCAUAGCUGCUCUGUUAGUAAGAACUUCGACUUUUUUGUCAGCCACUACAGUAACGUGAGUACGCCCCCAUGUGUUCACGUCUACAAGCUGACCGGUUCAGAAGGUGACCCACUACACAUGGCACCUGAGUUCUGGGCCAGCAUGAUGGAAUCACCAGGUUGCCCGGGAGAUUACAAUCCACCUGAGAUUUUUGACUUUCCAGGAAAGUCUGGUUUCCAACUUUAUGGGAUGGUAUACAAGCCUCAUAACUUGCUGCCCGGCAGGAAACACCCGACUGUUCUCUUUGUGUACGGAGGCCCACAGGUGCAGCUGGUGAACAACUCCUUCAAGGGGAUGAAAUACCUCCGUCUGAACACGCUCGCCUCUCUAGGCUACGCCGUGGUCGUCAUCGACGGGAGAGGUUCCUGUCAGAGGGGCCUGGAAUUUGAAGGAGCACUGAAAAACAAAAUGGGUCAGGUGGAGAUCGAGGACCAGGUGGAGGGGCUGCAGUACGUGGCGGAGAAGUUUAACUUUGUGGACCUGAGCCGCGUCGCUAUCCACGGCUGGUCGUACGGCGGGUUCCUGUCACUCAUGGGCCUCAUCCAACGACCCAAUGUCUUCAAGCUGGCCAUCGCAGGCGCCCCAGUGACUGUGUGGAUGGCCUACGACACUGGCUACACAGAGCGCUACAUGGAUGUGCCUGAGAACAACCAGCAGGGCUAUGAGGAAGGAUCUGUAGCCUUGCACGUGGACAAGCUGCCCAGCGAGCCUAAUCGUUUGCUGAUUCUUCACGGAUUUUUAGACGAGAAUGUGCACUUUUUCCACACCAAUUUCUUAGUGUCACAGAUAAUCCGUGCUGGGAAGCCCUACCAGCUUCAGGUCUACCCCAAUGAGCGACACAGUAUUCGCUGCCCUGAGUCUGGAGAGCACUACGAGAUAAUGCUGCUGCACUUUCUACAACAAUACCUCUGAAAAGAGACCACAGGGGAGAAGUGGAGUCCGGCACCCCCUCUGUCCUCCUUUACUCCCUCUAGCCCACCUUACUCGCCCUGACCUCCCCAGCCCAUCCCCUUCCCUGACUGUUCACCCCAUCAUCCAGAGACUAUCAGACACUGCAGCCACAAGCCCCUCUUUGUCUCCCAUGAAGUAGUCGUCUCACUUCUCCACCAUACUUCCCACUUUUGCUCCUUCUGUCUCUUGUUCUGUUACUCUCUCGCUCGCCCUGUCUCCUCUCAACCCCCCCCCCCCCCCCCCCCACCUCCCGCCCGCCCGUGUACAGUCUGGGGUAUGGUUUACGAGCACAGAGAUUUGGUGGCUCACCCUGAAAGCUGAACAAAGACAAGGACGUAUGGAGAAAUAUUCGUAGGCUGUGUCACAUUGACUCAUCGCUCACUCGAAAACACAAUGGUUUCUUUGCCAAAUAUCCCGGUGUCAUUCUCCCCCUUGACCCACCUGCUCACUCGAGUCCGUGUUAGAAAAGAGGGUCACAGUCCACAGAUACGGAAUGGAAUCUAUAAACAUAUUUUCAGACAUGAGCUCACACACUAAAUGUAAAAUACAGUUUAUCUCAUACAUAAACCAAGACACUCUCUAACACUCGCACACACACACAGUACAUAUAUCCGUACAUACUGUGAGUCUGUACUUUGCAGUUUGUGUAAUCAUGAAGAAAAGAAGAAAAACCGAGAGGCUUCCUCUGUCCUCUUGUUUUAAGUGUGUGUAGUUUAAAAUAAAAUAUUUUUAUGGAUUUUUAUUCUUUUUUUGUUUUUUUUAAUGAGUGCUGCUCAUUGCAAUUUUUUGCGCCGAUUUCUCCCCUCACAUUUCAUUGCUCAAGAUGUCUGCUUGCCUUCUUAUCACAUAAUUUAUAUUUGCCAAAGUACCUCUUGACUCUUGAUCAUGUUGGUAUUUCCUUUUUUUACUGCAAUAAAGACAACAGGAGGGUGAGCACUGGAGUCUUACAACAGCUUUGUACCACCGGAAUACUAUUUGUACAUGAUUAUGAAUAAAUGUAUGAAUCAAU